GCGCGUUUUUUCAAUCGUUAACAAGUCCAAAUUUUCUUUGUUUGUCAGUUUUCCCCACUUUUCUUUCGGAAAUUCCCAAGCUGUAGUUGGACUUAUUCACGUACAAAUGGGUUUUUAAAGAAAUUCGUUCUGAAGUAGUGGUUGAUAGGGGGUAGAGGAGUAAUUUUAUGUUUCAGACUUGCACAGGCCCACAGUUCGUCGUUGCACAUCUACUUGUUAUCAUAUCAACCCAUUUCAGCUUUGAUUGCAUUCAUCUGUUGAUCAAUCGCAGCUGGAAAGUGGCAACCCUUUUCAGAAGUGCUACGAUGAGCAAAUGGCUCGAGACUUGAAUCAUAGGAACUGCAAGAAAAGCUUUUAUGAGGUAGUUGGUUAGGCAACUGUGAGUGUUGAAGAACUCUUUGGGGAAAGCCGGGGUCUUAUGAGCGUGAGGAGACUUCUUUGAUCAUAUAGCCAAAAUGGAUCGAGGUCAACUCACCUUCAUGGGAUCUACUGUAUGUGUUAUGCUCACCCUGCAUUUCACCAUACAGCUUCUGACGCAACACUUCAUGUCUUGGAAAAAGCCAAAGGAGCAAAUAGCCAUAGUUAUCAUCAUCCUCAUGGCUCCCAUAUAUGCCAUUGACUCAUAUGUUGGCUUGUUAGAUCUUCUUGGAAGCAAACCAUUUUUCACUUUCUUAGAAUCUGUCAAAGAGUGCUACGAAGCUCUGGUGAUGGCUAAGUUCUUGAGUUUGAUGUACACAUACUUGAACAUAUCGAUAAGCAAAAAUAUUGUGCCAGAUGAAAUUAAAGGACGGGAGAUUCACCACUCCUUCCCAAUGACACUUUUUAUGCCUCACACUACCCGUUUGGACCAUAAUUCACUGAAGCUUCUCAAGAAUUGGACGUGGCAGUUUGUUGUCCUUCGCCCUGUGUGCUCCGUCUUAAUGAUUGCUCUUCAAUUGCUUGGCUGGUAUCCUGAUUGGGUCAGCUGGAUAUUCACCAUGAUUCUAAAUGUAUCCGUUUCAUUGGCAUUGUAUUCCCUUGUGGUUUUCUACCACGUUUUUGCUAAAGAGCUGGCACCACACAAACCCCUUGCGAAGUUCUUAUGUAUAAAAGGGAUUGUUUUCUUCUGCUUCUGGCAGGGUUUGCUACUCAGUGGUCUUGUGUCCGUUGGCAUAAUCAAAUCUACUCAUUUCUGGCUUGAUGUGGAGCAUCUUCAGGAAGCUCUUCAGAAUGUCUUGGUGAUUGUGGAGAUGGUUUUCUUCUCCAUUGUUCAGCAGCAUGCAUAUAGUGCUGAACCGUACCGUACUUACUCAGUUUCGGGUUCUGGAGACAAAAAAAAUGAGUAAAUGAGUAAAAGAAAUUUUGAAGGUAAUUUUGGGGCAUCUCAGUUCCUCUCUGUAUUUUGUCUGGAGAUUUUUUGUGAUGUUGCCUAUCUUUAAGCUGGAGAUGAUAUUACCCUUAAUUUGGGAUACCAUCAGCAUCUUAGCAAGAGUAGUGGGAUUGCAAUAUAUUAUUUCUAAUUCCUGAUUAUACUGUGCUAAUUAGUUUUAUUUACAUUUCUCUUGCGUUGGUAAUAAAUUAUUGGAUGCAGAAUAGAAAUAAGUAAGAUGGU